UCCUGCCUAUUUACGAUCCUAACGAAUACAAACGUUGAUUUGUUUUUGUUCGUUCUUUCGACUCGUCAUAAGUGUCAAUACUUCUUGGGGUGUUGUUUGGAUUUCUCUUCGUCUUUUGUGGCCAAAUUAUAUCAUUGUUUUUCGAGUUUUAUCGUAUCAAGCGUUGAGUUAUUCUCACAAGACUUAGCACGAUAUUGAAGCUGUCAUCUCUGUGCUCGACGUCGCCUGUACAAGGAUGAUAAGGUGGCUGCUGUAAGCGCGACGUACGCGUGAUAAAGCCGAACGUAUCUUGAUCGAUUGAGAAGGAAAACGGGACAGCGGUUCGAGUAGCAGUCCGGACGGAAAGCAGCUGUCUCCGUCUACGAAUCCAGACGAUGCAGCGGCUGCUUUAAAAAAUCUCGCAACCGAACUUCCUGGUCAGUUGAGCCUUGUCACUUUGGGCUUGACGAAUGGCAAGAUGGCUCCCGAUGAUCCUGUUGGUGACGAUGAAUUCACAUUUGCUACUCUCCAAAAAUCAUUGCGCGAUGGGGAAGCUCUGAAAGGUGCCAUGUAUCUGGGCCUAAGUGUGAUGGUCGCUUGGAUAGUUGGUGCUGCCGGCUUGUCUUUGGCGUGGCUCAUGCUCGUACUGGCCUUGGCCGGCACAAUAGUCAAAUCUCGAAUGUCGCGAUUUAUGCAGCAGACCUUGCAACAGGAACUGGCCAGGUUAAGACGCAGGCGUGCUCUUUACAAGGACGAGACAGCGGAAUGGUUGAGUUUACUCAUAAAUAAGUGGUGGCGAUUUAGUGCAGCGAGCAUAUUUUUACAAGCAAAAGAAAGACUAGAACCACUGUUAAAUGAUGCAAAGCCCGGAAUACUUGGUUCAUUAGAGCUACGCGAACUGACCCUUGGCGAGCAAACUCCCUGUGUGACGCGCAUACGUACCCUCGAUUUCAACGGCAGCGACGAGGGUGAAUUAAGCAACAGCGGCAGCAGUACCGCCAGCAACAGUGCUAGGCCUGGAUCGACGAGACUCUGCGUCGAGGCCGAUCUUACCCUCGAUUGCGAGCAGUUUCGCAUGCUCAUCGCAACUCGGCUCUUUGGAAAAGGAAUGGGAAUGGACAUGGAUCUAGCAGUAGAAAAGCUAUCGAUCUCAGGCACCGUCCUGGCCUCUCUAACUCUGGACGCAGGGGCGCCUUUUCCUCACGCGAGCCAUCUCAGCUUAUCUUUUGUGGAGAAACCCGAUGUGUGGUUUAGCGUGCGCCUGCUCCGAUCCGUGCAAAUGAUGGAAGUGCCUCUGCUAAAAACCUGGAUUCACGCCGUUGUUAGCGAUGCGUUGGCCAGUUGGUUGGUCGAUCCUGGACACCUUGAGAUCGAUUUGCGAGCCCAGGACCGACCUGGCCCCGGUUUCGAUUGCUUGCCUCUGACCACACCUCAAGCCGUGCUCACAGUUUCGCUCUCGCAGUUGGCUGCAGCAACUCGAGAGGAUGAAGAGCGAUGGCUGGUAGUGACUAUAGGUGAUCAGCGUCGCGUCACUUCGCAUCUCACUCCGAGCUGGAGCGAAGACGUGUCAUUCCUCGUCGGUGCCCUUGACAAUGAACGCAUCUCAAUCAAGUUGAAGGCCAAGAGACUCGUCAGUACCAUUACUCUUGCGCAAUUCGAACUUGCUCUUGGCGUCUACAACUGGGAGACUUCGCAAAUAGUGGAAACUGUGCUGCAACAGAAAAAACCAUCGCGAAGUAGUACUAACAUUCCAAACAUAAAUGCAAGACUCGAAUACUCAAGCCUGCCUAGCAUCGAGCCAGACGCACCUCAACCGAGCAUUCCCAACUCGAUGGAAUUGCAUUCGGCUGGCAUUUUGGUUGUUUAUAUUCAUUCGGCAGAAAAUCUCAAUAGUGAUACGACGCAGUGCAAUCCAUAUUGUUUGUUGUUCAAUAACCGAAAAAAGGUUAAAACAACUCAUUACGUCCGAGGAACAAAGUCACCCCAUUGGGAGUCAAGAACGGAAUUUCUUGUUCAAGAUUAUACGCAAGUUUCCUUGAGUUUCGUUAUUUACUCGUGGAAUAUUUCAAAAAUGGCCGAUACCGAUAUGCUUGGGCUUGCCAUGCUUUCUUUAGCGCCAGGACUCAAAUGGUUAGUUCGAAAAGAGCUAACAUUAAGUGGGUCUAAUGGUCAAUCGACGAUGACCGUAUCGGUACUUUUCCAUCCGGUCAAAAGUGUACAUCAAAAUCCUAUCAGUCGACGCAGCAGCGUAAAUCAAUGCGUAGACGAUGACGAGCCAAAAACAAAAAGAAACAGCUUGCCAUGGAUGCAACAAGCAAAAUUGCUGCUAACCCAUCGGGACAUGGACGCAGCCGCGUCAGACGUAUCCAGUUUACUGUCGACCGGCAGUGGUCUGAUGGAAGUGACACUGCUACGAGCGAAAGAUCUUGUUGCCAAGGAUCUCAACGGUUUCAGCGAUCCGUUUUGUGAACUCAGACUAAACAACGAGACCAAGUACAAAAGUAGCGUGAAGAAAAAAACCCUUAAUCCGUGCUGGGACGAGAGCUCAAUUAUGGGUUUGCCACGAAGUGGAGAAACCCUCGAUGUGGUAUUAUGGGAUCACGAUACUUUCGGUAUGAAAGACUACCUUGGAAAAGUAUCACUGACGCUAGAGGAAAUUAGAAGGCUGUCCAACACGGACCAAUCUUAUUGGUUCGUCUUACGUGGAACUAAAUCGGGAUCAAUAGAAUUGAAGAUCAAAGUACUGUCUGAAGAGUGUGAGACCCAGAGCACUUACGCUACGAGUACAAUUAGUGAAGGCUCAACUAGACCCAGUGAGUCACAGGAGACACCACCCGUUAUCAAUACCACAAACAUCAUACGGAGACCUUCUAUGGAAAAGUCGAGAAUGAGGCUACAUUUGGAGCCUGUCGUGCCUCCACCACCACCACCGAGAACUGUAACACUAAUUAAACCACCUAUAGCACCGCAGAGCAAUUCGGCGCAUUCGUCGCCGCUGCACAAAGUCAAAAAUGCUAGUAACUAUGGUAAAAUGAUUACAUUAGUCAAAAAGUUCGAGGACAGCAGCAGCAGCGAUUUGACGGCAGUUAGUAACAAUCAUCAUCAGUGGUCAUCGGCCAGUAAAAAGAACGGUGAGCAACUGAACCAAUCGAUCGACUGCACGGACGACGAGGAUCAAAAAAAAUUGUCUGACAGCAGUCAUAGAUUAACACCAAGUCCCGAUCAGAGUUUCGGCAAAAAAACACCCCAAUAUAAUAGCUUUCGACUGAUGAAACAAAAAAUGAAGCGGGGUCUGAAACUACGACGAUUUCGUUCGGAGGUGAACAUUGAGGAUAGCAAGAGUGAUUCCAGUAAAUCAGGCGUCACCCUGAGUCUGGAACCACGAGGUAGUGAAGUAGACGAGGCUGACGCGUCAGCGGAUGAUUUGAUUGAAAAUUCGUUAUCCCACGCCGUAUCGCAACCCGAUAUGCUUACGCGCAUGCGACAAUCUAGUCCUAAGAUGAGGCUAAGCAAACCAAACGAUUACAAAGUAUCAAAUGGUUUUCGAGAAAAAUACAGUGGAAUCGAGGGGAAAGUACUCCAAGCACAAGGUCUUCAUGUCGCUCAUAUAGCUCAGCUCUAUUGCCGAAUAAAAUUUCAAAAUUGCUCGAGCCCGGAAAAAAUGACAAUGUCAUUGACGGGAGGCAAAACUAUAGCCAAAUCACGACUGUUGCCAGCUAUGCCAAAUCCACAGUUUCUUCUUGAUUUUCAAUUGGAUCAUGACUUGCUUCCUCGACAAGCUACACUUGUGUUCGAGAUUCGUAGUGCAAGCAAAGAACUACUUGCCAGUCGACGUAUUACUUUACACGAACUUUUAGGAGCAUCUUUGGCAACAAAUGAAAUUCGAACUUGGCUAGCUUUAAAUAAUGGUGCUUCAAUGGAAAUACAAAUAGCGCAUGGUCGAGAAAUCAAGAGAUCCACCAAAAAACUAUUUCGAUCAUGGUCAGUACGUCAGUUGAAAAAGAAUUGAAUCUUUAACUAAAAUAAAUAUACAUCUUUGUAAUUCAUUUCUUUGAUCAUAGGACCUCAUCAAAAAUCAUUAAUACUUAAUAAAGAAACCAGAAGAUUUUCUUCGUGCAAUGUCCG